AUGUCGAAGGCCAGUGUCUCCAGUGUGAGCAUAUGUGCAGAGCAAAGUUCAAGGCCUAUAGAUCCGCCAGUGAGCGAUCUUGACUUAGAUAGCACUAUUGAUGAAAAUUUUGAUCAAAGUGCAGUGAACCGCGCGAUUUUAAUGAGUUUGAAUCGCUUAAACGAAAAUUUUACAAGCUUUACUGAGCAAUAUCAGGAAGAUGAUGUUGAAAUAGAUUCUCAGCCAACUGACGACCAUGUUGAGAAUCCUGAAAAUGUCGAUAUUCAGGCGGACAUUGAUAGUUUAAUUCAAUCAGGCGGACAAGUUGACCGUGUUAGUGCCGACAUCACUAAUGCCAAUGCAAAUGAAGCUGAAAUUUUGCAAUAUGAGCAACAAUUAGAUCUUAACGUUGAUGUUAAAGGGCCAGCAAUUAGUCAGAAAAUUGGCGAUUUGGUUAAUAAAUUGCGACUGCAAAGAGUAAGCCAAGAUCAAGCUAAAGCGAUCGCCAAACGUCAUAAUACACCCGAAAAUGUUCAAUUAUGCCUGCCUAAAUGUGAACCAAGUAUUUGGAAUGAAAUUCCUGGCAAGGCACGCGUUACAGACAUUAAAUUUCAGUCAACACAAGCUGCAUUGUUAGGUUCUAUUAAUUGCCAGCUUGAAGCAACUAAUUCCUUGCUGUCGGCUAAUGUGUCCAAAGAUGUUCUAAACAGUUGUUUAGAUGGCCUCACACUGGCAAUGACUGCUAAUUAUGAGCUCAAUCAACGACGACGGGAUGCUAUCAGACCUCAAUUUAAAGCGGAAUUUGCCAAGGGGCUUUGUAGUACUACGAGUCCAGCUGACGAAUUUCUUUUUGGAGGCGACACUGCUAAACGCGUUAAAAGAGAUGGCCGAGUUCAACAAACACAAAGUGUGUAA